GGCGUAUAAAUUACCAGGUGAGACCGGGCUGGCGUCUAACCAACAGGUUCCGCAGCGCCCGGCACCUGUCUCUCAUAAAUCUAAAAGACACACUUUGCAUUUCUUCUCAACUGCUCAACUUUCCAGCACAGUUGAUAAGAAACUCUCAGUUAUCGCUGA